AUGGGUCGUUACAGCUUCGCCGCCCAGAAUGUCCACAAAACCGCAUCAUUAUUGAUCGCAGCGAAGCAGACAAAAGCACCUCCACCAUGGUUCGACAUCAUCGGUAGUCAACCGCCGGCCAAGCGACUCGUGCGUAUGCCAAUGCAGCGACCACAAAAAGCCGGCAAGAAGAGUAGUAAAUUAUUCACACCCAUCAACAUUUCAUACGAGGAGGAUCGGUUAAGGUGGGAAUAUUUCAACGAUCACCCAUGGGAGUUGGCCAGACCGAGGACGGUUCUCGAAGAAGAUGGCAAGGACUCACAAAAAUGGGACUGGGGUCUUCCCUUGGAUGCUUCCCUCAACACUUUUACUAAUACUCUACACAGAGUCGUUCAACGACAACGCUGGCUCAUGCGCCAUGGAGAUCUCUCCGAAACAGCAGCGUACGACAAAGCGCGCAAAGAAUAUUAUCGAUACCGACACGCCAUGGAAGUGGAAGCCCGUGUUGCUCGAGAGGAGGCGCUGGCGAUGGGUGCAUUCUUUGGAGCAGGACCCAUGGAGGUUGGUAUGAAAUUGGAAGAUGUGCAGUAUGAGAACUGGAAAUCAUGGGCUGUCAACGAGACCCAGGCACUCAAGCAGCUCAGCCAAUCUGCCUACACUGGAAUCGAGGAGGAAGAGGAUGAUCUCUCGAAUCCAUCGUCGGCGGAUCUGCAGGAGAUCAGCCCUGGCGUUCCGGGCAGCAAGGAUGGCCUGUUGGCGAAGGGUGGAGCGGCAGUACGUCCUGCUAAUUGA